UUCACAUCCGGGUUAGGAGGAUAGCUAUAAUAGCAUGCAAAGGCUAAAUGUUGUGACCCAACGGGGACUUUAUUUUGCAAAUUAGUGAAACGUUUGUUCAAAUGGCGUCGCAGAAUCCCAUAACCGUUAAGCCAUCGCUGUCGGUAGCCGGUAGUGUCGCUGUCCGCGGAAAGAAGCGUCCCGGCAGUCCUGCGGUUCUGCAGACCGCCGGGAGCAGCAGCAGCACCAAGAAGAAGAAAGGACCUCCAAUAACGACAACACAAACAAAAGUAACAGCUACUGAAGCCAUUCUUGAAGUGAAGGCAGCAGAGUCAGUAGACGGGGGUCCACCUGCCACAGAGUCAACGGUAAAACCGCCUCCUUUUAAAGACCACACAUUUCAGCACUCAGGGAUUGGUGGUGCAGCAGCAGGAAAAAAGAACAGGACCUGGAAGAAUCUUAAACAGCUUCUGGUUUUAGAGCGGGCUUUACCCUGGAAGCUCGAUGAUCCAAACUAUUACAACAUCGACGCCCCUCCUUCUCUGAAGCCGGCCAAAAAGUACUCUGACAUCUCUGGACUUCCUGCGAACUACACAGACCCUCAGACCAAGCUGCGCUUCACAUCCCCAGAUGAGUUCUCCUACAUCCGUCUCCUACCUUCGGAUGUUGUAACCGGCUACCUGACCCUACGAAAGGCAACGUGCAUUGUUCCAUGACAGCUGAAAAGGAGCUUAGAACCCCUUAAAUCCAGUUUUUGAAGUAAAGUCAGUGGAGGAGGCUGCUGGGCCAGAGAUCAGCUCUGCUGCUGAAAAUGCUCCCUGCUGGGACUCUGAGCUGCUGUUGUGAAAAAAAAGGCUGUGUCUGCAAAAGAGACUUGUAUUUUGAAUGCUCUUUAAACAUGUUUCCCUCUUCUUUGUAUAACAGCUCCCAUGGCGGAAGCAUAUGACAAACAUGUGCUUGUUUGUUGAAAUGCAUUUCAAAAACCUGUUUCUUAAAAGGUAAUAAUCUCUUUCUCUGAAAAGUGAAAUGUACAAGAUCCAGUAUUUAUCAAGUGCUGUAUAAACCAAACAGGUUAAGAUACUUUUUUUAUAAACUCACAAUACCUCUGGUUCCUGUAAUAUGAAUUCAUAUUCUGCUGGAAAACAAAUGUUUGUAUUAGUUUGUUUGAAGGAAUUCAUUCUUUGUUCACCUUUAAAUUGAAUGUAUGUAUGUAAAUAUGCCUAAGUUUAUGAUUAUUAAUUAGGAAAGAGACCUAAUGUCAUGUAUGUUUAUAUGUUGGUGCAUUUUAUCUCUGAGUGGAUGCAAAAUUAUUUUCUUGACUGGAGUAAAGCAGAAGCUAUGAGCUCCUCCGCAAACACAAAAGUGUUUUAUUGUAGUUUUUUCAUUUUUAAGCAUCUGAACUAAGUCAGUGUUUUUCAUAUAAGAGCCACCAGUGAUGUCAACUUUAAAUGUGACAUUUUCUCUCUUGUUUUUAAUUGUAGACAGGGGUUUCACAUGAAUCCUUCACUGCAGGAAGUUACGAUUUUUUUUCUCGUUAGAGAUGUCAAGUGGUGAAAUGAAUCAAUGGUGGCCCUCAAAAUAUAACAGCCCAGUCAUGGAGGAAAAAAG